GUUCAAAAUCUAUACUGCUCCUGGGAAGAUUCAGGAUCCUGAUCCGAGGGAGGGGGCUGCUCCCGCUAUUCCUCAUCUGUGCAGCCCUCCUCAGCACGGUCCCUGACACCUAAUAUCUUAUGUUUCCCAGCAGUGGGGGAUAAAUAGUGAAGGAAAGGAGAUUUAAGUGUCUGUUAUCUGCCGGGAGUUCCAAUUGCAAGUUGUCAAAGGUGUGUCCUAGCUGCAACAUGACAUCACACUGGCUGUGUCCUGAUGAUCUGCCAGCCGUGCAUUGUCCUGUGUCAUGACAUCAUGGCUUUGAUGUCCUAGAGGUUCAGAUAGCAACAAUCUGAUGAGUGGUUCAAAGAAUGCUGGCCAAGAAAAAAAAGCCAGUGAACACUUCCUCACUCAGAGUGGGGGCUUCUCGCGGCGGCAUCUUCUCACGGCAUAGGUCAUUACGUCCAGGGGACUUUCAAUCUCCCCUGAUCCGAUAUUUUAACAUCAAGUUGCAUCUGGUGGAGGCUGAUGAGGUCUAUACGGUGCCCGAGUGUCACCGCGACUUAACCAUAAGAAAUCUGAAGAACCGUCUGGAGCUCUUAGUUGGGAUCCCUGUGAAUUUCCAGCGCCUCCACUACCUGGAUAGAGUGGAUCUCAGUGACCACUCUAUGUUCAAGCAUAAUGACAUUAUUCCUGGAGGAACCAUCAGCAUGAGAAUUUGGCCAGAAGACUCCUGGGGGCAAUUGGUGACUGCAGCUGUGACAGGAAACAACAAAAAGAUUGUUGUUGCAGGAGGUGCAAUGUCUUCCACAUUUUCCACAGCCUAUUCCACAUCCCUGGGACCAGCGGAGAGGAGCGAAUGGUUAGCACACCGAACCUUUGUGGCUUUAUUUAUCAAUGCGCGCAGGGGUCGUUUGGAUGCAGUGGAUUUCCUGAUUCAAAAUGGUGCUGAUUUGGCAUAUAAAACGCCGCUGGGUAGAACAGCCCUCCACGUUGCCGUCACCUCGGGCCACUGCGACUGCAUCGACCUGCUUCUUAGCUACGGGGCCAAGAUUAGUGAUGAAGACAAUGAUGGCCAAAAUGCUGUGAUGCUGGCCCGCCUGUGGGGGCAGAAGGAAUGUGAGCGGAGGCUCUUUCGGUACCAGUGGAAGCUGCGGGCAGGCGCAAGCGCUCAGCUCGCUGCUAUCAAGGUCAAAUCGGUGGAUAGAGUGGAACCUUGAUUCCGAGUCUAAGAUCCAGUGGAGGGGCUUUGAUCCCUUGCUGAGAAGCACCUGGUCUGAGCAUCACCGAAUGUUUAUCUGGGAAGAAGUGCAGCAUGGACUCUAAAUUGUUCAGUUUAGGUUUUGUUUGUUUGUUUGUGUAAGUGAUGGUUGCCUCUGUAAGUCAACACCUCCCUUCUCAAACACACAAUUAACGGAUGACACUUCCAUCCCCGUGUGUGUUUGUGUCUGUUUAAUGCAGGUUUAUAAACUGCUUCACCACCCAACGUUACCAAAGUGCUGUACAGUAGAAUGAAUUAUAAAGUUAAGAGCAAUAAAAUGAUGUAUAGAAUUGUGCAA